GUUGAACAGCUGAAGAGGAGGAGGAGGAGACGAAGGGAGAGUGUGGAGUGUGUGUGCAUAGGAAAGAGGGAGAAGAGGAGGUGGGGUGUGUGUGUAUGAGUGUGUGUGGUAGUGUGUGUGUUUCGUUUGCGUGCGUGUGUGUGUGUGGAAAAAGGAAGCGGAGCCUGUUAACGGCGAACUCGCUGGUUUCCUAUCCCUCGAAACAAGCGCCGGGUUACUUUUCACGUGGACGCUAUCAUCGGGGGCAACAGCAACACGGCCACCGGGCUUCGAGGGGGGGGACCGGGGGGAAACAGCCCCUUUGAUCGGUCACUCAGGACGCCAGCAGCCUAUCAGUUAAAGUGAAACCGUCUUUUGUUGAAGAAGCAAGUGCUCGUCUGAGCUCCUCCGUGCGGCCAGCUUCUUUCCCCCUCUUUUUGCUUUCUUUUUUUUUUUGGACACGACUGAUAAAAGGUGUCCCGUGCUCGCCUCGUUUUUUUUUUUUUUUUUGUCCUGGUUCUUGGAUUUGGUCCAGCUGGCUUUUUUUUAAACAAAAAAGAGAAAAGUUCGGCUGGUCACCUCGGGCAAAAGGAUCACGUUUUCAACUUGUUUGCAGCGGUCUCUGGGACUCCACGAAUCACCAGACUGGCGGCUUUUCUGAAACACUGGGGUUGUUGGUGUGGCCAAAUUUUCCCUGGAUUUGACUGGUAAAUUCAGAAGACUGAAGCCCAGGCUCACAGUCUACCUUUCACGGAGGCCCAGCCGUGAGAGGACUGAGGAAGGAACGUGGCGGAUCAUGACGGCCGACAAAGAGAAGGAAAGGGAGAAAGAGCGGGACAGAGAUAGGGACCGGGACAAAAGAGAGGCCGGUAAGUCUCGUCGCCAGGACGGAGACAGGGGCGACCGCGAAAGUGAGAGCUCCAGGCCCCGGCGCAGCUGUACGCUGGAGGGUGGGGCCAAAAACUAUGCAGAGAGCGAGCACAGCGAAGACGAGGACAACGACAAUGGCAGCACUGGCGGAGGCAGCGGCACGGCCGAGGAAGCCGGUAAAAAGGGCAAAAAGAAAAUGCCCAAGAAGAAGUCGCGCUACGAACGCACGGAGAAUGGAGAGAUCACAUCCUUCAUUACUGAAGAUGAUGUCGUAUACCGACCUGGAGAUUGUGUGUACAUUGAGAGUCGGCGGCCAAAUACUCCUUACUUCAUUUGUAGCAUUCAAGAUUUCAAACUGAGUAAACGGGACCAUCUGCUGAUGAAUGUGAAAUGGUACUACCGCCAGUCAGAAGUACCCGACUCUGUGUACCAGCACCUGGUUCAAGAUCGCAACAAUGAGAAUGACUCUGGCCGGGAGCUGGUCAUCACAGACCCAGUGGUGAGGAGUCGAGAACUCUUCAUCUCUGACUACGUGGACACUUAUCAUGCUGCUGCUCUCAGGGGGAAAUGCAACAUUUCCCAUUUCUCUGACAUUUUUGCUGCCCGGGAGUUCAAAGCCCGCAUCGACUCCUUUUUCUAUAUCCUCGGAUAUAACCCAGAGACCAGGCGACUAAACAGCACACAAGGGGAAAUCCGAGUGGGACCCAGUCACCAAGCCAAGCUCCCAGAGCUGCAGCCUUUUCCCUCCCCUUGUGGCCAGGCUGUAACCGAGAAUGAGGAGCUGGUCUGGAUGCCAGGGGUCAACGACUGUGACCUUCUCAUGUACCUCAGAGCUGCAAGGAGCAUGGCUGCCUUUGCAGGGAUGUGUGAUGGAGGCUCAACAGAAGACGGUUGUCUAGCAGCCUCUCGAGAUGACACUACAUUAAACGCACUUAACACUCUUCAUGAGAGCAGCUAUGAUGCAGGCAAGGCUCUGCAGCGCCUGGUGAAGAAGCCGGUACCCAAGCUAAUUGAGAAGUGCUGGUCUGAGGAUGAAGUGAAGCGCUUCAUUAAAGGGUUGAGGCAGUUUGGCAAAAACUUCUUCAGGAUCCGGAAAGAGCUGCUGCCCAACAAAGAAACGGGAGAGCUAAUUACCUUCUACUACUAUUGGAAGAAGACUCCUGAGGCAGCCAGCUGUCGAGCUCACCGCAGACACCGCCGCCAACCCGUCUUCCGCCGCAUCAAAACACGAACUGCUUCAACUCCUGUUAACGCCCCCUCACGCCCCCCUUCCAGCGAGUUUUUGGACCUCAGCUCAGCCAGCGAAGAUGACUUUGACAGUGAAGACAGCGAGCAGGAGCUAAAGGGCUACGCCUGCCGCCACUGUUUCACUACCACCUCCAAGGACUGGCACCACGGGGGCCGGGAGAACAUCUUGCUGUGCACUGACUGUCGCAUUCACUUCAAGAAGUACGCCGAGCUGCCCCCCAUCGAGAAGCCUGUGGACCCACCGCCAUUUAUGUUCAAACCUGUCAAAGAGGAAGAGGAUGGACUCAGCGGGAAGCAUAGCAUGAGGACCCGACGGAACCGAGGCUCGAUGUCGACGCUACGUAGUGGUCGUAAGAAGCAGACAGCCAGUCCUGAUGGCCGAGCGUCGCCCACCAACGAGGAUUUGCGCUCCAGCGGACGAACUUCACCCAGCGCAGCAAGCACUGAUAGCACUGACAGCAAGACGGAAUCCACAAAGAAGCCAUGCAAGAAGAUUAAAGAGGAGGCUCCUUCACCUAUGAAGAGCGUGAAACGGCAAAGAGAGAAAGGCGCUUCAGACACAGAGGAGCCUGAAAGGGCCAACGCCAAAAAGACCAAGACACAAGAGCUGAGUCGGCCAGACUCGCCCUCAGAAUGCGAGGGAGAGGGGGAGGGAGAAGGCGAGAGCUCUGACGGACGGAGCAUCAACGAGGAGCUCAGCAGCGACCCGAAAGACAUUGAUCAGGACAACCGGAGCUCUUCCCCGAGCAUCCCCAGCCCCCGUGACAAUGAAAGUGACUCGGACUCGUCUGCCCAGCAGCAGCUCCUGCAAAGCCAGCACCCCCCAGUUAUUCAGUGUCAACCAGGCACCUCGGCUGCCUCUUCAGCACCUCCUCCGCCUCCAACCUCGGCCCCAUCACUGCCCCCACAGGUGUCCCCUGCAGCUUCCUCUGCCUCUCUACCUCCUCAGCCUCUGCCCCAGGCCAGCCCGCUGUCCCUCAUCCCGUCUGGAGCGUCACUCCACCCUCAAAGGCUGCCUUCUCCUCACUCACCUAUGACUCAGGCGCCGCCUCCCGGCCCCCAAGUCCCACCUCAGUCUUUACCCAGCCCACAUCACGGACCUAUGCCUCCCAUGCCACAUCCACUACAGGCCGGUCCCUCGCACAUGCCUCACCCUCACGCCAUAACUCCUCAGGGUUUCCCUGUGGGUCCCUCUCAGGUCCCUCCCCCGCCGGUCUCUGGCCAAUCACAGCAGAGAGCUCACACACCUCCCUGUCAGAGCCAAUCAUCCUCUCAGAGUGGGGGCCAGCCUCCACGAGAGCAGCCAUUGCCCCCUGCACCAAUGUCAAUGCCUCACAUCAAGCCCCCUCCCACGACACCCAUCCCUCAGAUACCCACCCCACAGUCUCACAAACACCCACCACCGUUUCCUCAGAUGCCUUCAAACCUGCCUCCACCUCCUGCCCUGAAGCCCCUCAGCUCGUUAUCCACCCACCACCCUCCGUUAGCACACCCGCCCCCUCUGCAGCUCAUGCCUCAGGGGCAGCAGCUCCAGCCCCCGCCGGCCCAGCCGCCGGUCCUCACCCAGUCCCAGAGCCACCCGCCCUCAUCCAGCCACCAGCCCCCCACGGCUCCUCCUCUACCGCACUCCGCAGCCGCCUCGCACCCCAACGGGCCACCUCAGCCGCCGUUCUCCUCCCAUCCCUUCAACACAGUUCUACCUCCGACCGGCCCUCCCCCAUCCUCGUCAAACUCUAUGCCGGGCUUACAACCUCCAACUCCUACAGCUCCAUCUUCUUCCAUCUCCAUGCCCCUCCCCGCCUCCGUCACCUGUCCCGGCCCCGGCCCGUCAAUCCCACCGGUGCACAUCAAAGAGGAGCCUCUUGAUGAGUUGGAAGAGCCGGAGAGUCCGCCGCCGCCACAGCGGAGCCCCUCCCCAGAGCCGACUGUCGUCAACACGCCCAGCCACGCCAGCCAGUCAGCACGGUUCUACAAGCACUUGGACCGGGGCUACAACUCGUGUUCGAGGACAGAUCUGUAUUUCACUCCACUGGCUUCAUCUAAACUGGCCAAGAAGCGGGAGGAGGCGUUGGAGAAAGCCAAGAGGGAAGCGGAACAGAAAGCGAGGGAGGAGAAGGAGAGAGAGCGGGAGAGGGAGAGGGAGCGGGAAAGGGAGCGGGAACGAGAGAAGGAGGCGGAGCGUGCAGCAAAAGCCUCCAGUUCUCAUGAAAGCAGGAUGGCUGAACAUCAGAUGGCCGGACCUGCUCACAUGCGGCCGCCCUACGACGGCCCCCCGACCACGAUCGCAGCCGUGCCUCCGUACAUCGGGCCCGACACUCCCGCCCUCCGCACCCUGAGCGAGUACGCCAGGCCCCACGUCAUGUCGCCCACCAACCGAAACCACCCCUUCUUCGUGUCCCUCAACCCGGCGGAGCCGCUGCUGGCGUAUCACAUGCCGGGCCUGUACAACGCCGACCCGGCCAUGCGGGAACGGGAGCUCCGAGAGCGGGAAAUGCGCGAGAGGGAGAUCCGCGAGAGGGAGCUUCGGGAAAGGAUGAAACCCGGUUUUGAAGUCAAGCCCCCAGAGAUGGACACACUCCACCCUUCCACAAACCCCAUGGAGCACUUCGCCCGGCACGGGGCCAUCACGCUGCCCCACAUGCCCAGCCCUCACCCCUUCGCUUCCUUUCAUCCGGGCCUGAACCCGUUAGAGCGCGAACGUCUGGCCCUCGCGGGGCCCCAGCUGCGGCCGGAGAUGAGCUACCCGGAGAGGUUGGCGGCAGAGAGACUCCACGCGGAGAGGAUGGCCACGGUGGCCAACGACCCCAUCGCUCGCCUGCAGAUGUUCAACGUCACCCCACACCAUCACCAGCACUCGCACAUCCACUCCCACCUACACCUGCACCAGCAAGAUCCCCUCCACCAAGGUGGUGGUGAAUGCCUUGUGUGUCCUCCAGGUUCUGGGGGCCAUCCGCUAGUAGAUCCCCUGGCAGGCGGACCUCACCUGGCCCGCUUCCCUUACCCGCCCGGCGCCAUCCCCAACCCCCUGCUCGGCCAGCCGCCACACGAACACGAGAUGCUGCGCCACCCAGUCUUCGGUACUCCGUAUGCACGGGACCUACCCGGAGGUCUCCCCCCGCCCAUGUCGGCAGCACACCAGCUGCAGGCCAUGCACGCUCAGUCGGCGGAGCUCCAGAGGUUAGCGAUGGAGCAGCAGUGGCUCCACGGGCACCAUCACAUGCACGGUGGACCUCUACCUGGUCAGGAGGACUACUACAGCCGGCUGAAGAAGGAAAGUGACAAGCAGCUGUAACGAGCCAGCAGAUGCAGCGACUGACGAGUGCGGGACACAGGAAGUUGUUACGGAGCAGUCUUGCAGAGGCUCCUCAUGGACCUCUGAACACAUUCAGUUUUAAAGACCAGAAAAAUGCCAUGGAUCGUCUGAGAAUUCCUCUGAAAAUUGUUUUUUGUUCCUGUCAGGGACCUUUUUUUUUUUUUUCUUCUUUUUUAUUAUUAUUAUUUUUCAAGACAUUGACUUUCUUUGGUAUAUAACCAGUAGUGACGACAUCCUCAAGACUCCUGCAUGACAAGCUUCCCUGACGUUUUUUGUAGGUGCUAGAACAAGACACUGUGCUUAUCAAGAAAAAAAUAAUAAUAAUAAAAAGGCGAGACCAGUCAGACAAUUUAUGGAAAAAUAACAAGUGCUAUCUUAAAUUCAACAUUUAUUUUAAUACAUUGUUGGAGGUUUUUCAUAAUUUUAAGAAAAGCUACAGCAUGUUGUUUUUGAGUCUGUAAAUAGUAUAUAUAAACAUAUAAUUAUUAUAAUUAUUAUUAUGACUAGAUGUGGACUCCAAACCAAGUUGUUUCAGCCUCCAAUAUAUUUGUUUAGAAGCAUUAUCCCUUGUUUCAGAGGGGGCACCAUGGCAUUAUACGAGCAGUUUCUGAGAGUUGCGUUUCAGUCGUGACAUCACUGUGUUAGAUUUAGUCCCACAUCUCUGUACGUAAAGCAUAACCCUGUCACACCCUCCAUACAUUCAUCACCUGUGACACGCUGCAGGUUGUCAAAAAAUGCAUUGAUUUACUGAUCAGAAACCCUCGAAGAAGUGACGCAACAAAAUGGAUUAUAAAGAAGAAAACCUGGCACUGAAGGAGCCACAUGGAGCUCCACUCAGCUGCUUUUUACCCUUUUUAAUUUGUUUUUAAGUCACCAAAAGGAGCAGUACUUCAUCGCUUUCUGUUGGUUUUGUGUUUUUAUGUCAACAGAAUGGUUUUAAUUCUGAUCAAUAAUUAAGAUACAUGAAACAUUUUGAAGCUGAACUGACAAAAUCCACAGCUUUUUUCAUAUAUUUUACUCAAUCAAGGCCAGAAUCUGGAACUUGUUCACUGUAAGUGGAGCCAGCAGGACUUUAGGAUUGUUUUAAUGUGUGAAUGGUUGUACGUUUGUGUGCUGGAGUCCUUUUUUUUAUUUUGUUUUUGCCACCUGGUCCAGGCGUCAUCACCAUUUUGUUACACGACUCAAAUCUGACCAAGUCAUCCUCCAACAAGGUUAAAAUUACGUUGGCUGUGACAUCAGAGGCAGCCUGCCGACGCGCGGCCGUCAGCAGGUGGAAGGUCAACGUUUUUUGUUCUCAUCCUCGUCCUCAGAUGCCUCGGUUCCUCGUGGAAACGCGUUUCCUCCUGGGGCUCAGGAGCGGCGUGUUUGUGUGUGACACUGACUGUUACAAGUAGUGUUGAUGUGUCAUACCAGUGCACAUGAGCCCAUCCUGUCUGUUUUUCUUUUAUCCUUCUUCACUGCAGCCAUGAAACAUUCUGCAUUUGUUCCACGCACUAAGACUGUUUGACUGUUGUGGACAUCAAGAAAAAAACAAACUGUGGCUGUUAUAUUUUUAUUCUAUUUUAACCAGUUAAAGAAACUGUACCUGCAUUUUAAAGUGGCCGUAUCUUCCUAUGGAGCACUAUAUUUUCAUCUGAAUGCCUGCAAACUUUAAACGUAUGCUCUGUUAUGAAAAAGUCUUUGAAGCCCUGACAACAGCCUGUCACUCUGUCUCGCCAUCUCCCCCCCGUCUCUUUUCUGACAACAUACCUUCAUCAUCAUCAUCAUCAGCCUUUGCCUCAUUUCCUCACGAUUUCAUUGCCAUUUAUUCCCUCUUUUUGUGUCUCCAAAGCCUUUGAUGUUAAGUGUUGUCAAUGGUUUAGCUUCUUGUUUCAAAGCGGCAAUAGCAGAAUGUAAAUUCUGACUGCUAAGAUUUAUAUAUAUACUGGUAUCUUGAAGCUUAUUGUAUAUAUGAGUAGUCGCCAUGGGAUGACACAAUGUAAACAAAAAGUAGAAAUAAUAAGAAAAAUUGUGAGUCCUGUGUUCUCUCCAUUUGAGUAUUUUGUAAUUUUUUUGAAAAAUUUGUGGAAUUAAAAUAAACGACUAAGUUACACCACAUAA